AUGAUUUUAAAAAAAAAUAAAUAUAUCGUAUUAACAUUUUUAUUGGCACUUUUUGAAUAUUUGUGCCAUGAUGGCAAAUACAAACUGAAAAAUAUCACAGACAGGGCGAAAUUUCAGCACAAUGAUUUAUCCUUAAUAUUGUCGCAUUUGUACAUAAAAAAACUACCUUUCGUUAAUGCCCUUUUUGGAAAUGAUAUGAGCAGUGAUGGUAGUGACAGCUGUAGGGACAACCCGGCGCUGGGAAGGUGCCAUUUCCCAGAAAAGGGCUCCUGUAGCAGGUAUGUUAACGGUGGAGUAAAAAAUAAGAAUUCUCUUUUUAGAAAUAAUUAUAGUGUAUUAUUUUCUCAAAACAUAAGAGGGCAUUUUCGAAUUUUAAAUGAACAAACAGAAGGGCGUUUUGGUGGAGCUACAAAGACAGACUUGCAAAAUGAACAUGUACAGAAGGAUGCAUAUGGUCAACCAUUGUUACAAGCACAACCUGAGGUUAUUUCACCUGGAGUAGGUGAAAAAACUCUUCCAGAAAGAGAAAGUCCAUUGAUAACUGAAAAAACAAGAAAACGUUACUUAGAUAUUUGUAAAAAAAUACGUAGUAAUCAAUUUUCAUACGACAAUUGUGAAAUAUUUCAUAAGUCACCAGAAGUUACAUUAUAUAAAAAUUUAUUAGAUGAUAAAUCAGAAACAAGAUACGAUUUAAUUGGUUACGGUACCUUAAAUGAUGUGUCUCUUUAUGGUAUGAGUUAUGCUUUAAAUAAUGUGGAUACAAUUAAAAAAUGGAAUAAAAAUAUAUAUAUAUUGAAUUAUUUAAAUAUAACAGAACCAUCUAUAUUAGAGAAAUAUAAUAUUAACGAAAAAAUUAAUGCUAGUAAAUUAAUUUUACCAAAUGAAAGUGAGGCACCGAAAGGAAAUAGGAAAUAUAUGUAUUUAGUUAAUGGUUUGCCAUGGCCUUUUAAAAGUCAUGAUACUAUAUAUGAAGUUUAUCAAAAUUAUAAUGAAGAAGAGAAUAUGUUAUUAAUUGCAAAUAAAUCAGUUAAUGAUACCUUUUUAAAUAAUAGUAGUUAUACAAGAAUUUCGAAUUAUGAAAAUUUUUUUUGUAUUUAUCCAAAAAGUAAAAAUUCAUAUGAAAAGGGAUUAGAUUAUGUUAUAUCACUUUAUUAUGAUGUAAAUAUACCAAAAUUUUUACAGAAUAAUAUUCUUAAUCAAAUAUUCCCAAGCUUAGUUUACAGUUUAUAUAACUCAUCAAAAGCCAUGACUGAAAAAGGUAUGAACUUUACCGAAGAGGAAAUAAAGAAAAAUCCUCUUCCCUUUGAAUUAAAGGAAGGAGAAGUUAUAAAUGAACUUAAUGCUGCACAAGCAAAUAGCAAAAGUGCACAGUUAGAUAAAGCAUCUAGUGGGGGAGCCUCCAUUUUAAGGAUAAUAUUCAUUGAUCCAUUUACUUUUGUAUGGACAGCAAAUGUAAGUUUGUUCAAGAAAAUAUAUGUCUUCAUAACCAGUAUGUUUUAA